CCUUACGGGGUGGGUGUGCCUCGUGGUCACUUCAGUCACAUAUUCGUCGACGAAGCCGGUCAAGCUACAGAGCCGGAAGUUAUGAUAGGUAUCAAGACCAUGGCGGAUAACAAAACGAAUAUCAUACUUUCUGGAGAUCCUAAACAGCUGGGUCCUAUCAUUCGAUCGAGUAUUGCUCGUGAGCUCGGUAUGGAGACUAGUUAUCUUGAGAGACUUAUGACCUCAGAUACGUAUGACGUCAAAAGUGGUCGUGGUCAGACAGUUGUGAAGCUGGUCAAAAACUUCCGCUCACAUGCAGCGAUCUUGAAGUUCCCCAACGAAAGAUUCUACGCCGGCGAGUUGGAACAGUGUGGUGACCCCAAAGUAAUCAAUGCUUUCACGGGAUCCCCACAGCUUGCCUCGAAAAAUUUCCCCGUGAUCUUUCACGCGGUGAUUGGUAAAGAUGAUCGAGAAGCUUCAUCUCCUUCAUUUUUCAAUAUCGACGAAGUGUCACAAGUUAAAAGCUACAUCACAGCGCUACGGUCUGACCGCAAAUUCUGGAUUACCGAUGAUGAGAUUGGUGUGAUCGCGCCAUAUCAUGCUCAAUGCCUCAAGAUAAGAGCUUCUCUCCAGGCCGUGGCGGAUGGUGUCAAGGUUGGCAGCGUAGAAGAAUUUCAAGGCCAGGAACGAAAGGUCAUCAUCAUUUCGACUGUCAGGAGUAGCCGAGAGUUUAUUGAAUAUGAUCUCAAACAUACUCUCGGUUUCGUGGCCAGCCCACGUCGUUUCAAUGUGGCUGUAACACGCGCUCAAGCACUCCUGAUCGUCAUUGGAGACCCGUCCGUGUUGUCUUUGGACCCUCUGUGGCGAUCUUUCUUGAACUACGUACAUAACAAUGGUGGUUGGAAGGGGCCAUCUAUCACCUGGGAUCCGUUGGCACCUGUCGAGGAAA